UCCAUCCAAUGGCUCCGCUGCAGCCACUGCAGUAGCCGGCUCCAUCCUCACAUCCCUCGAUAUGUCCAUCUUAACUUUUCAUAGCCGCCUUCUCCGUUGUUUUUCAAAACUCGUUAGUGCAACCACCACUUCCAGCCGGCAAACUACAAAACAAGGAUACAAGAAAUCCGAGAAACGCAUCCUCCCCCUUCUGAAAUCUACAAACAAGAAAAGGACAAUUGUUCUUGAUCUUGACGAAACAUUGGUGCACUCUACAAUGCAGCCACCAAGAGUUAAAACCGAUUUCAUGGUGAGGGUGAAAAUCGAAGGGACGGUUAUACCAAUGUUUGUGGUGAAGCGUCCGGGCGUGGAUGAAUUCUUGGAAAGGAUUAGUGAAAACUACAAAGUGGUGGUAUUCACGGCCGGGAUAACAGACUAUGCUUCACAGGUUCUGGACAAGCUGGAUAAGAAACACAUAAUCUCACAGAGGCUGUAUAGAGACUCAUGCAAGGAAAUGAACGGGAAAUAUGUGAAGGACUUAUCUUUAGUGGAGGGAAAAGAGCUCGGAAAUGUUUUAAUUGUUGAUGACAAUCCAUCUUCUUUCAUGUUGCACCCGGAGAAUGGUGUGCCUAUAAAACCUUUCGUGGAUGAUAUGAACGACCGAGAACUGAUGAAGCUCGCGGAUUUCUUUGACAGAUGUUACCGGUAUGAGGAUAUGAGGGAUGCCGUCAACAUAUUUCGAGCCGACCAGCUGAUCUGAUAUUGCUUUAUUUCCAAAUCCU